CGAGAGAAGCUGGAAGUGAUAGCAGCAGGACUGCUCAACGCCGCAGACUGCAGACCGAUCUACGAUGGCCAGCCUGGCAAAGCCAAUGGGCGCUGGUGACACCAAGAAGGUCCGCCGGAUGCGCAAGAAGCUGGAGGGUAAAGCCACAGGAGGUUCCAUCAGCACCGCCGCGCUCCUGAAGCAGUGUAGAGACACUGGCGUCCACGUGAGGCCGUUGUUGACCCCUCACCUCGAGCGGCACGGGCGUCAACCCACCCUCUCCGCCAAGGAGGCCAGGCAGUUCGUUCUCCACUGCGCCAGCGGAUCCCCGGCGCCGAGGGUAGCCGAAAUGCGCAACCUCCCUGCUGUUCGUGCAGUGCUGGUUGUCGCGCUGACUGGCGCGGCCACCUCCGCCCCACCACAACGGAAGGCCGACGGCGAAGUCAGCGCCAUCGAUGCGGCCAAAAACCUGACAGUCCCGCCAUCAGCAGCAACAGCAGCCGCCGUAGCGCCAAACAGCCCCCUGGACGGUUUCACAGAGGCGUUCAAGCGAAAGUUUCGGCUGUGCGCGGGGCUUCGGAUAAGCAGUGGCGGCUUCAGCGUGGGGCCGGCCGAUGGGGGUGCUGCUAUUCCAAGUGACGGCGGCGACUCGGCCAGCACAGGCGGCGGCGGCGGCGGCGGCGGCGGCGGCGGCGGUGGUUGGCUCAAGUCCUUGGCCGAUGCGUUUCUCUACGCACCUCUCGGUGAGGAUAGAGAGGCGUGUCCUGCCGGGCCUUUCUCCGGCAGCAAGAAGCGAAAGAACGCCGGGGGCGGUGGUGGGCGAAAGAAAAAGACAAAGGGCGAUGCGAAGCGAAGGCGGAGGGACGCCGAGAAUGCACGGCAGCAACGCAGCAUGGUGAGCGGCGCCGCCGAGGCGAUCGUCCCGCAAGUGAACGGGCCGGGCAUCGCCGAUGGUAAUAGCCAACGGAAGGGGGUGGAAGAGAAAGGCACACAAGGAGGUGAUGUGGAUGAUAGUUUAGCAGCGGCUCCCUCCGGCGGGAAGAGUGAGGGCGUGCAGGAACCAACGGUGACAGCAAUGGACACAGCCGCGGAAGCAGAGGAUGGCGACAGAGCAGAAGAAUCUCAUGAGGACAACGAGGAGGUGGCCUCAAGUGUCGACGAGGAGGACGAUGGAGUAGAAGGAGAGGGCAGCGACGAACCCCAACUCCCAGCAGUAGAGACCUACAUCUUAUCCGUCGAGGAGCUCAGGGAACACGGGUUCCCGGUAUCCUACCCCACGGAGAAGGAGGAGGAGGUCAACCCCACUCCCCUUGACAGGGUCAGCGGUAAAGUUGUCCUCCCGACAAAGGAAGAGGCCGAGUGUAUCGUAGGCAGGGCCUCGAAACUGGUAGACCUGGAGGGGCACGUGCAGACACAGCCGUUGUCGGACGCCGGGGCGGCGGAGGAAGGAGAAGCGGCGGAGGGGGCGAGGUUGUUCGGGUUGGACUGCGAGAUGUGCGUGACGGGGGCUGGGCAGGAGUUAACGCGGGUCACGCUGGUGGAUGCCCAGCACAAGGUAGUGCUUGACGAGCUCGUCAAGCCGGAAAACCACAUCAUCGACUACGUUACAAGAUAUAGCGGUAUCACCCCCCAGCUCCUGGAAAACGUGGACACAAGGCUGCGGCAGGUACAGGCGGCGGUGCUGCGGGUGGUUGGAGCCGGAGACGUCUUGGUGGGGCACUCCCUGGAGAACGACCUGAAGGCCCUCAAGAUGGUGCACCUCCGGUGCCUCGACACCUCCCUGCUGUACCCACACCCCAAGAAAGGCCGACGCUCGUCGCUACGCUACCUUGUUUCCAUGUACCUGCAGCGAACAAUCCAAGGUUCUGAUAAGGGGCACAACAGCGCCGAAGACGCCAUCGCCGCUCUGGAGCUUGCCCAGCUCAAGGUGUCCAGAGGGCCAAACUUCGGCGCAGAGAGGAGCACCGACAGCAUUUUCGAUAGACUUCAAAGGAAUCACGUGCCAGCGACCAUGGUGGCCGCGAGUGAACAGUGCCGACGGCAUAUCUCGGGAAGUGCGUCCACGGUUUCGUCCUUUUCGGAUGACGGGGUCGUGCAGAGCGUCUUGAAGGAGAUCAAAAGGGCCGGGGUGAUGCGCCAACGGACGGGAACAAAGGCGCCCCUGGUGUGGGCAGAGCUAGAGGGACCCAAGUGCCCCACUGUAAAAGACGUCUGCGCAGCCGCGACGCGGGGAUCGGCGGGCGUCCAAACGUUCCUGGCUGGCAUGGACGAAGCCGGGCGGGCUGCGGGUCACGAGGAACGGAUAGGCCGUCUUUUGGACGAACUCCCCUCCGGGGUAGUGGUGCUCGUUGCCUCUCAGGGGGUAAACCCGGAGUUGCCGCGGAAGCUGGACAAGCAGAGGAAGGCAUGCGAGGAUCGCCGGUGCGCGUCAACGUGGAGCGCCGGGCAGGGGCGGCUGUUGGAAGCGCUGGAGGGUCGGGCGCGGGAUGGCUGUGUUUUCGCUGCCGUCACUUAAAUUUUCGGAGCCGAGAUGUCGUACGUGCACGCGUGUUUGGUGUGAGUAACUCCCUCGGCAGAAUCGCUUUGGAGUGUGGGGGGUCAUGAACGAGUCACACCGCAUAUUGACUGUCGGGAGAUUGUGCCUGGCCGCUAUACCGCCAGAAAUCACCUGUGAGGCUGCUUCUGUUCCCCGCGGCUGCAAUACUGUAAGCGGCGUGUGCAUAUAACGAGGCUUGUGGUGUGGGAAGAUUCUGUACACUCGGGAGCAGGCUCCAACAUGGCGCUAGGUGUUAUUUUUCACGCUCACGUUUUUGAUCAUUCGAGAAUAAAGCGGAGGGAGGAUGUUGGAGAUGUGGAUAACCGUCGAAGUGAUA